GGGUACCAUAGAGAAAGUGUGGAUGUAUUUGUGUGUGUGUGUGUGCUGCCAGCCAUUGAGCCGGGAGACACAAAAGGAGCGCACGCUGGGAGCGCCUCUCCGCCUGGCUGGAUCCUGUCAGGAGUCUUGCCGUGGGACUCCAGACCCAAACAGCCAACAGGAACCCCGCCCUGCCCCACCAGCUGAGGGUGCCAGGACAGAGCACCUACCCAGGUAAGUGAGGGAAGGGGGCGGGGAUCAUCCAUGCUUUAAGCAGAUCUUCUGCAACUCUCUCGCCCCUGCGCUAAUUGUGGGAUCCCGCAUCUUGCCUGAACUGCAUUGCUCGAGUGCCCUUUGCCAUCCCCCAACAGUGGGGAGCAUUGCCAUCCACCCACUGGGGAGGCACUUGCCCACACGUGCAGGCAAGCUCUCUAGUCAACAAAGGCCACUGCUCCAACCACUGACACUGCUGGCCCAAGCACUCAGCAGUGAGUGUUUUGCCUUGCAAGAUCGCAGCCCCGUGCACCCAGCAGAGGGAAGACCCACUGCUCCCCAGGGGGAAGUGUAUUCACAGCUACUGCAGCCUCGCUGUGCUCUGGAAUGAGAGGCACGCGCACUGACUGAGCAUCCAGGGGACGCCACUGCCUCUUCGCUCUCGCCUCCUGACCGCCACCUGUUGUCCAUCGGUGCCUGUGCACUUUCUGUCCCUGCGGCUGAUAGUUGCUCCGCACAGGCAGAGGAUCCACCCCACACCCGGUGCUGUACAGAUCUGUCGGCACACACUGCAGUCGACUCCCUGAGUGUCGCUUGCUGGGCGGAGUGAGCGUGAGUGUGGGGUGCCUUUCACCCACAGCAGCUGCGGUAACACAUCUGUCCAGGUCCACCAGCCAGAGAGGCCAAGGGUGAUGGCCGAAGAAGGUGUGACUCAGGAGAUGGUGACCUUUGAGGACGUGGCUGUCUCCUUCUCCCCAGAGGAGUGGGAGGUGCUGGAGGACUGGCAGAGGGAGCUGCACUGGGAGGUCAUGAUGGAGAACUACAGGAUGCUGAUCUCUCUGGGAAAUGACCUCUAUCUUCUUUCUUCCAAUGGAAUGUUCUGGAACACAUCAGAUGAAGAAAGUGCUCUUGAAGAGCCACAGAGAGGUCCGGCCAAAGGGUCGACGGAGAUUUCAUCACUUCAGACCCUCCAGCAGCAAAUAGAAAAUGAGGAAGGGUUUGUGUCAGUACAGCACCCUGUACUUGGGGGAGCCAGUCAAGUGGGGAGCCCUUAUCCAUGUCCCCUGUGUGAGCAGUGCUUCAGGGGCAAGAAAGAACUUGAUCGACACCAGAGGAGUAUCCACAUGGGGGACAAACCCCAUUCGUGUGAAGAGUGUGGGAAAGCAUUUCGAGACAAGAGCGAUCUCCGAGUCCAUCAGAGAAUCCAUACAGGAGAGAAGCCCUUUCCCUGUGAGGUCUGUGGGAAAUCGUUCCGGGAAAAAAGCAAGCUCAUUGUCCACCAGAGAAUCCACACUGGGGAGAAGCGCUGUGUGUGCCAGGAAUGUGGGAAAAGCUUCAGGGACAAGCAUUAUCUGAGGGAUCAUCAGAGAAUCCAUGCAGGAGAGAGGCCCUAUCAUUGCGAGGAGUGUGGGAGAAGCUUUCGGACGAGGAGUCAUUUUACUCUUCAUCAGAGAAUUCACACAGGAGUGAAACCAUAUCUUUGCAAUGAGUGUGGGAAAACCUUUGUGCAAAAGAGCAACCUUGUAAGUCAUCAGAGAAUCCAUACAGGAGAGAAGCCUUUCCCUUGUGAAGAAUGUGGGAAAAUGUUUCGUGACAGGAAAACACUCAGGUACCAUCGGAGGAUUCAUAUGGGUGAGAAGCCCUACCCAUGCCAAGAGUGUGGGAAAACAUUUAGGGACAAGAGCAGCUUGACAGUUCAUCAGAACAUCCACACUGGAGAGAAGCCCUUUAUAUGCUGGGAGUGUGGGAGGAGUUUCAGGGAAAAAAUGUAUCUGAAAGACCACCAGAGAAUCCACACAGGGGAAAAGCCCUUUUCUUGCCAGGAGUGCGGGAAAACGUUCAGAGCCAAGAGAACUCUUACAUACCAUGAGAGAAUCCACACGGGAGAAAAACCCUUUCCCUGCCUGGAGUGUGGGAAAACAUUCAGAGGCAAGAGCAGCCUGACAGUCCAUCAGAGAAUCCACACUGGAGAAAAGCCCUUUAUGUGCUGGGUCUGUGGAAGAAGCUUCAGGGAGAAGAUGUAUCUUAGAGAACAUCAGAAAAUACACCUGGAAGAGAAGCCCUACCCUUGCCGUGACUGCGACAAAAGCUUUGUUCACAAGAAUCAUCUCACAAGGCAUCAGAAAUUCCACGUGGCCCUCUCCCUGCAGUGACUGUGGACAAUGUAUGAAGAACAGCCUCAGGGAAUCCACACCCUAGGAUGUAGGCGGAUGGAUGCUGGAGUGUUUUCAACUUAAUCAAACAGCAUAGAGGUUUCCUUAAAUGCCCUUGUGUGCUGUGGACUACAUGCUGGAAUGUACAGAUUCUGUAUAGGGGCAGGAGCUGGUGGUGGGGAGUGUAUGUGUGUGUGUGUGUAUGAUUCCCACUUAGGGGAUUAAUUUUAGUUGCUAAAUGUUGUGCUCCGUAAGCGACGACACUUCCUCAAUUUGAGCAACAGUUUUGCCUUUUAAAAGAUGUGUAUUUAUAGUUGUGUUUUUUCGUUUGUGUUUUGGUGGGAGGCUGUGAAUGGGAUUUGGCAAGUAAAUAGUUAAUAAUUGAAUGUUUUUCUCAUUGUAAGUUUUUGAGUUUUUGUUGACUGAAAGGUGAUAGAUUUGAAAAUGAAAAUAAAGCUGCGUCUAGAAGCCUCAAUAAA